AUGGUGGGAAAAAGAUUAUUUCUUAGGUUUAUUUUCUUGGUUCUUCUGGUUCUCUUCCAAGAGGAGUAUUGCAAGGCUAGAGCCUAUCUCGGCCCCAGUUUUGUUCAUAUAAGCGGGACCCAUUUCUUGAUGAAUGGGAAGCCGUUAUUCCUAAAUGGCUUCAAUGCUUAUUGGUUGAUGUACAUGGCAUCUGACGCGUCUACGAGGAUGAAGGUAACAACUACAUUUCAACAAGCUUCCAAAUAUGGGAUGAAUGUUGCCAGAACUUGGGCUUUCAGUGAUGGUGGUUACAAACCCCUACAGUACUCUCCUGGUUCCUACAAUGAGAACAUGUUCAAGGGAUUGGAUUUUGUGGUGUCAGAAGCUAGGAAGUACGGAGUUUACUUGAUACUUAGCUUGGUGAAUAAUUAUGAAGCUUUUGGGGGAAAAAGACAGUAUGUCCAGUGGGCAAGGGACCAAGGUCAACACUUGAACAACGAUGAUGACUUUUAUACCAACCCCGUUGUUAAAGGGUACUACAAAAAUCAUGUGAAGGCCAUGCUCACAAGAGUCAACUCGAUAACUGGGGUGCCAUAUAAAGAUGAUCCCACCAUUUUUGCAUGGGAGCUAAUGAACGAGCCUCGUUGCCAAAGUGACCUAUCUGGACGAGCUAUUCAGGAGUGGAUUGUAGAAAUGACGGCCGAAGUUAAAUCCUAUGAUAAAAAUCAUCUUCUGGAAGUUGGGCUUGAAGGAUUUUAUGGGGAAUCGAUGCCCGAAAAGAAACAAUACAAUCCAGGCUACCAAGUUGGGACGGACUUCAUUUCCAAUAAUUGGAUCCCUGGAGUCGAUUUUGCUACAAUUCAUCUCUACCCGGACCAAUGGAUGCCUGGUUCAAAUGAUCAAGCCCAAGCUAAUUUUGUGGAUAGGUGGAUCCAAGCCCAUAUCCUAGACUCCAAAUCAGUGCUUGGGAAACCACUCCUGGUGACUGAGUUCGGCAAGUCUUCGAGGUCAGCUGGGUACAGUGUGGGUGCGAGGGACUCCUAUUUUGGGAACAUAUAUAACACAAUCUACAGUUGUGCAAGAACAAGUGACGGCCCAUGUGCUGGUGAGCUGUUUUGGCAACUCAUGGCCCAAGGAAUGGACAACUUUAGCGAUGGUUAUGAGGUUGUCUUGGAACAGAGCCCUUCAAGUGCUGCAAUCAUUGCUCAACAAUCUCACAGGCUGUCUGCUCUUAGCUAGACUUCAUAAUCUGCCCAGAAAAUAAGGAAAGCAUUAAAUGUAUUUAAUGAUGUCAAAAAUCAGAG